UAUUUUCCAGCUCCUCGGUACCCUCAGGUUUCACAGGAUUAUUUAAAGUCACCUAAAUUCUACGUGCGAAGUCCUCAGCCUGUGGUGUCAUUGCUGAAUGACCGAAGAUGUCUCAUAGCAGGUUGUUUGCCAGGCUGCUUUUGCAGCAGAGUGGAGUCAGACACUGUUAUACAGGAACGAGGAAGAAUCUCUACAUCAACAAGAACACGAAGGUCAUCUGCCAAGGUUUCACAGGGAAGCAGGGAACGUUUCACAGUCAGCAGGCCCUCGACUAUGGCUCCCAGUUAGUCGGAGGAGUUUCUCCUGGCAAAGGUGGGAAGACGCACCUUGGUCUGCCUGUCUUCAACUCUGUCAAGGAGGCAAAGGAGGGUACAGGAGCCGACGCAUCUGUGAUUUAUGUACCACCCCCGUUUGCUGCAGCAGCCAUCAUCGAGGCAAUAGAUGCAGAGAUACCCCUGGUGGUGUGCAUCACUGAGGGUAUCCCCCAGCAGGACAUGGUAAAAGUCAAACAUAGGCUCCUGCGUCAGGGCGCUACCCGCCUCGUCGGCCCCAACUGCCCAGGAGUUAUCAAUCCUGGAGAAUGCAAGAUCGGCAUUAUGCCAGGACACAUCCACAAAAAAGGAAACAUUGGCAUCGUUUCUAGAUCGGGUACCUUGACAUAUGAAGCCGUGCAUCAGACUACACAGGUGGGCCUGGGCCAGUCACUCUGUGUGGGUAUUGGCGGCGAUCCAUUCAAUGGCACAAACUUCAUAGAUUGUCUGGAGGUGUUCCUACAGGAUCCCAAAACAGAGGGUAUCAUCCUCAUCGGAGAGAUCGGAGGGAAUGCUGAGGAGAAUGCUGCCGAGUACCUGAAGCAGCACAACGCUGGAGAUAGCGCCAAGCCCGUGGUGUCCUUCAUCGCAGGGCUGACGGCCCCUCCUGGCCGCAGGAUGGGCCACGCCGGCGCCAUCAUCGCUGGCGGAAAGGGCGGAGCCAAAGAGAAGAUCGCAGCUCUCCAGUCAGCUGGAGUCGUUGUCAGCAUGUCCCCGGCUCAGCUGGGGAGCACGAUGUUCAAGGUGUUGAAGUCUCUGUCAGGAGUUUGAGAAGAGGAAAAUGUUGUAAAUUCCGCUCCAUGACACCCGACAUUUACCCCAUCUGUCUCGCAAACGAAACGAUUCUGGAGCUGGACAUGCCCUGCAGUAUCUGUGAACCCCUGUCUAUCUCUUCAUCGAUACGCACAUGCAGUGUUUCUGUUGUAAUUUCUGCCAUGAACUUGUACCUUGCACAUAAUGAAAUAAAUAAAAUAUUAGUGUUUUAA